CGUCACGUGACGCGCGGCCACUCUCGCAAGAAUUCGGCGGCGCUGCGUGCGGACGCCUCGAACAGGGCCCGGGCUGCUGAGGCGAACUGCGCGGCGCGAAGGAAGAUAAACAGAAACGGCCAAGAGGGGUUCUACACAUCUAACAAGCUAUGGCUGCCAACUACCAGCAAACACGCAAAAAGAGAUCCUCACUGCAAGGAAAGGAGCCAAGAGUACACAAUCACCAGUACACGCCUGGCAAGAAAAACCAUGGUGUGUUCGAGCAUUAUUUGUCAGAUAGUGAGGUCUCAGCUGGGCUGAAGCGCAAGGAGUUGAUUCAGGGACCUUUGCGAAUAAAUCCCAGAAAAUACCAAGAGGCAUUUGUUCCUUCACUGGAUGGAACCGGUGACAUCUUUGUGGAUGGGAUGGAGAACAGGAACCGAGCUCUGAAUGGUGACGUGGUGGUGGUUCAGGUUUACCCAAGAGAACAAUGGAAGAAGGUCACAAGGGUCUUUGAUGUCCCGGAUAUGGAGAAUAUUUCAAAUCCAUCGUUGCUUGGGCCUGCCUUAGAUAUGGCAGCUACCGGGAGCUGUGCGGAACUCGGAGGAAUCGAUGGUGCUGAAAGUCACGAUGAGCAACAUUGCAAGGUUUUAGCUUCAGUGGAAAAGCUCGCUGUUUCUGAUAAACAGGCUGCAGUUAUGAGCGUUACGAGGAGCCAUACCCCACUGCCUGAUAACUGCCUCCAGAAGACUGCAAAGGUGGUUUACAUUCUGGAGAAGAAACACUCAAGGGCAGCCACAGGCCAUCUCCGGGCCCCGAGCUGCGGCCAAGGCACAGUGGCAUCACCUAAAGGCCCCGGCCCCUUCAUCCUCUUUUCCCCCCUUGACCACCGCGUGCCCAGGAUUCACAUUCCCCAGUCUGAGUGCCCGCCCGAAUUCCUGGCCCGACCUGGUGACUUUGUGAACACCUUGUUUGUGGCCCGCAUAACAGAAUGGCCCGAGGAUACCAAGAUUCCACGAGGAUCUCUGGCAAAGAGUCUGGGCGAGGCUGGUGAUAUAGAACCUGAGACGGAGGGGAUGCUCAUCGAAUAUGGCAUUGAUUUCUCCGAGUUCCCUGAUGAAACUCUUCAAAAUCUUCCACAAAAUCUGCCCUGGACCAUCUCAGCAGAGGAGCUGGCCAGGAGAAAGGACCUCAGAGAGCUGUGUAUAUUCUCCAUUGACCCAGCGACUGCCCGUGAUCUGGAUGAUGCCCUCUCUUGCGAACGUCUUCCAAAUGGUCACCUAAGGGUGGGAGUCCACAUUGCGGACGUGAGCUUCUUUGUGAAAGAAGGCACGGCCUUGGACUUGAUGGCAGCCGAUCGAGCCACCUCCGUCUACCUCGUCCAGAAGGUUAUCCCAAUGCUGCCCCGCUUGCUGUGUGAGGAGCUGUGCAGCCUGAACCCUGACCAGGACCGCUUGGCCUUCUCUGUGAUUUGGACCCUGUCGCCACAAGGGAAGAUUAUCGAUGAGUGGUUUGGCCGGACCGUGAUACGUUCGUGUGUAAAGCUGAGCUACGACCAUGCUCAAAACAUGAUCGAUGACCCAGGAUGGGUGCCAAGUGAUGGAGAGUGCCCGCCUAUCUCAGGGCGACACCAGCUGAGUGACGUUAAGCGCGCUGUACAAGAUUUGCAUUCCAUUGCACAGGAGCUGCGAAAACAGCGCUUUCAGGAUGGAGCCCUGUGCUUGAAUCAGGUUAAAUUAUCCUUCACCUUGGAUCGCAACACGGGAAUGCCUCAAGGAUGUUAUGUGUAUAGUUACAGAGACAGCAACAAGCUUGUGGAGGAAUUCAUGCUGCUCGCCAACAUGGCAGUAGCUCACAAGAUUUACGGAGCGUUCCCAAAACAAGCGCUGCUACGGCGCCACCCUCCUCCACAAAGUAACCUCAUCCAGGCCCUGCGCGAAUUCUGCACAGAGCUGGGCCUCCAGCUUGACUUCAGCUCAGCAGGGAGUCUCAAUGUCAGUUUGAACGAAAGUCUGGCAGGGGACAGGCUUGCUGCUCCGAGGAGAGAAGUUCUUACCCAGAUGUGCUCCAAGCCUAUGCAGCUGGCAGUCUAUUUCUGCACAGGUGUGCUGGUGGAUGAGGCUCUCUUCCGACAUUAUGCCCUCAACGUGCCACUCUACACGCACUUCACAUCUCCGAUCCGCCGCUACGCUGACCUGAUUGUACAUCGCCUGUUGGCGCAAGCCAUUGGUUGUGGAGAUGCCGUGAAUCAUCAGCCUGCGGAGGAGGUGCAGAAACAAGCGAGCCACUGUAAUGACAAGAAACUGGCUUCAAAAAAAGUCCAGGAGCUCAGUUCAGAGAUGUUCUUUUCUGUUUUUGUCCGUGAGAGCGGUCCUUUGGAAACAGAAGCCAUGGUUAUGGGAGUUCUGGACCAGGCAUUUGAUGUUUUAUCACUGACAUUUGGUGUUCAAAAGCGAGUUUAUUGUAAUGCUCUGCCCUUACGAACGUUUCAUUUCACCAAACAAGGAAGGCAGCCAAAAUUGACACUUGUUUGGGAACCAAAGUCACCAGAGCAGCAGCCAAUCCAACAGGAAAUAACCAUCUUCACCAUGGUCGAUGCAGUGUUAACUGCAGACAAAGUUCCUCUCAAGUACUCGGCGACAAUUAGAUGCCCACACGGAGUGGAGUGAGCCCUGCACUGCAGGAAAAAAAACGGGUCGCAAACACAUUAGUAAUUCGGUCUCACAGCACACAUGUGCAUUGCGCAUACAAAAGCCUUGUCCAGAUCACCAGCUCAAAAAUAACUGUGAAAGCAUGACUGAAAGAGUUGAAAAAAUAUGGCCACCCUACCAGACAGCAGUGAAAUAAAGACACAUGCAAACCGGUUUCAUCCUCAGGAGGGCUCAUCAAUACAGCACUGUCAUCAAUGUUUACUGAUGCAAAGUCUGCCUCUGGAAACCAUAUAUGUGGAAUCCCUACUUACACACGUCAGGGCCCAUUAGACAUAGCCCAUCUGUAUAAUUAAUAGGUUAUAUUGAGAGGGCUGUUACCUUUACAUUAUGGGGACUCAUUAACUUGCCUAAUGGCAACAAUAAUUCAAAUGCAGAACAGAAAAUAAUUUUAGACAAAAGCUUCUCGUGGACAAACAAAAUAAUGGUAACAUUUUAUAUUUUAGUGCUAAGAUGUGUAUGAUUUUUUAAAAAACAUUUUAGAAAUGUUUUUGAUGAAUCACUUUUAGGUUAUAUUAGGUUAGUAUUUGUUCCAAGGACCUCCUUUAGCUAUAUACAUGGUAUUUUUGUUGAAUAGAUGCUCAGAGUAAUAAAAAAAUAAGUGAAUAUAGGUAAAUCAAAUUGUUAUUGUUGAUAUUUGUGAAUUCCUUAUUAUGGAAUAGGUAGCUGUUGUGCAUCGUGAAUACAGAGGAAAACAGGUCACCGCUUAAACCCGUAGAUGAGAGCAGUUUGUUGUGUGUGGUGUUAAUGUAAAAAAGUCAGCUUUGCUAUGCAUGUCGCGCCAUUUCCAAGAAUAAUUGGUAGCCUUUUCAUAAAUUUUACCUCUAUGUAAUGUGUAUUUCAGAGUUGUACAUUAUUUUACAGUAUUCCAAUGUACUAGAAUACCAUGAAAUAAUCUGUUUAGCACUACGUGGACAUGUGCUGCAAUCAUAAUUGAAAACAUACAGAUAAUGUACACGGUGGCUCUUUGCCUUUGAGUUUUAGUUGCUUAAUUACAGUAAUUUUAAAACAUUAUUUAUACUUAAUACAAUGUGUUAUUUUUAGUUUUCCCGUUUUAUGAAGUAAUAUUGUGAAUGAGGCGUGUGUAUUAUCUUAAUGUUAAAUUCUACGACAUUCUGUACGUGAAAUUAAGAUUAAAACAAUGCAUUGUCUGCUU